AUACGACGCGCGUCACGUGCUGCCGGGCGCGACCAAUGGGGGCGCUGGGGGGCCGGGCGGCGGGGGGCCGCUGCGAGGGGGGCCCGCCGCGCGCCCCACUCGCCAGUCCACGAGAAAAACCCGCGCGGGACGGACGCGCGCCGCCCGUCUCGAUCAAAAACACGAGUUUCACCGAAAACCGGUCCGAUGCUUCGUGUCAUGUUAUAGUGCAGUGCCUUCGCAAUGAGUGCGUGGACGGAGGACAUGCUCUCCUGGCGCGACGAGCGCCUCGGCCUCACCGAACUGCCGAGCACGACCAGGAGAAAACAACGCAGUGCGCCGUAUAGGCUACAUCGGCCGCAUUUGCCCGCGCCUCACGUACCUGAGUUGCCGCCGGAGCCUCAGGGAACGCAUAUUUCCAGACUGUAUCCGGAGUUGUUGGCUUUAAUAUUCGAGAGGCUACCCGUGAGAGACAGGGGGCGAGCGGCACAAGUGUGUCGCGCGUGGAGAGACGCCGCUGACCGACGGUCCGUUUGGAGAGGAGUUGAAGCUGCUUUACACCUUAGAAGACCUGCACCUGUUCUAUUUGCAUCAUUAGCUAGGAGAGGAGUAAGGAAACUACAGGUACUUUCACUUAGAAGAGGUUUGAGAGACGCCGUUGCAGCUCUACCAGGUCUGGAAUCUUUAUCACUCAGUGGCUGUUAUAGUGUGACUGACGCAGCAUUGGCUAGUGCAUUCGCUGCAGAGCUCCCAGCGUUGAGAAGACUAGAUUUAUCCCUAUGUAAACAAGUAACGGACUCGUCUCUCGGUAGAAUAGCUCAGUCACUAAAGAAUUUAGAAGAAUUGGAACUUGGCGGGUGCUGUAAUAUAACAGAUACAGGGCUACUUUUAAUCGCCUGGGGGCUGAAAAAACUGCGCCGUUUGAAUCUAAGAUCAUGCUGGCAUGUGAACGACGCAGGUAUAGCCCAUUUAUGUGGCGGAGGAGAAGCAAGAGGAACUCCAGAUUUGGAGCAUUUGGGAUUGCAAGACUGCCAAAGGCUGACGGACGAAGCGCUGAAACAUGCAGCAACAGGUCUUCCUAAUCUUAAGUCUAUAAACCUAUCAUUUUGUGUAGCCGUCACAGACGCAGGUUUAAGGCAUCUAGCGCGACUUCCACAUUUAGAAGAUAUCAAUUUAAGGGCAUGCGAUGGUGUAUCAGACGCAGGAGUAGCCCAUCUAGCUGAAAGUGGUCGACUAAGGGCACUAGAUGUUUCAUUUUGUGAUAAAGUUGGUGACGAAGCAUUAUCGCAUGCUACUUUAGGAUUAUCAGGCCUGCGCUCAUUAUCUUUGAGUGCGUGUCGACUAACAGACGAGGGCUUGGAACGAGUCGCCAGGUUAUCGCAGCUGGAGACGUUAAAUAUAGGACAGUGUACAAGGGUCACGGAUAGAGGCCUCAGAGCAUUGGGCGAUGGACUACAGAAUUUAAAAGCGAUAGAUUUAUACGGCUGUACGUGUAUAACGCCACAAGGCUUGGACCAUAUCGUGAAGUUGCCUCGGCUCAGUGUACUUAACCUCGGCCUGUGGCAUGUGCGGUGACCACACACACACUAGUCUGUGUCCGCGUGUCUGUGUGAGUGAGACGGCCAUGUUGAAGUGAAGGAGCGCCAAGGUUGUAUACUCAGGACAGUGAAUAAAGAAUUAACCAAUUUUAAGAUAUUAUAACGAAUUAUUGUUAGGAUGUGGGGUUGCUUUCUUUCUAAAAUGUUCUGUUUUCGGCCAGUUGUGUUGUUGACAUUUUGUUGUUUACAUUCUGUGAUUUAAAAUUGAUUUUCUUUGGUUGAGUUUUUAAGAAAGUUGCCCCAGCGCCUAGUCUCUAUAUUGAGUCAGAUCUUUUUAAUUCAGUUCUUUUCCUUAUCUGUUGUAACGUUUUGUUUAUGUUUUUAGGCGCUGAUGACGUAAAAAAGAUUAAAACUUGUACUUCCUGUGUCUACAAGACCGAUAAAAUUAAAAAGAUCUGUAUUGAAUAUAAUUGCUCCCUUAGUUAGAUAGAUAUUUAGCCAUUCUUCAAAUUGAAAGUUUUCUGUUCGACUCCAUGCGGCAGUUAAAUGUAGGGAUUGUUAAUUAUAAGUUUUAUAUUGUUAUGAGAAUUAUGUCCAGAAAAGUCCAUUGUAUCCAAGAUGAAGGACAUACGUAUCAAUUGUAAUUAAUAUAUUGUCCAAUAAUUCAAAUAAUACACAUAUCACAUUAAUAAAAUAUUGGUAUUGGUCAAACUAUGCCAAAUGUCAAAAAUGUUUCAUUGAUUAAAUAUAAAGAACAACUUGAUAAUGUUAAUUUAAAAAAUGCAUUAAGUACUCAAUGCGAAUAUUUAACAUUAUUAUUUUGGCAAGUUCUGAAAUGUAGAUAACAUGGAUAUUUUUAGUAUUUUGCGUAUCAAAUAUAAAUAAUUAUUUCCUUAACUUAAAAUUCUCAAGCAACGCGCAGGAUGUCCUCAUAAUUUUAAUUUUGAUAGAUAAAUUCGAAAUAAGUCACGAGAAACGUAGAUUUCAACUUGCUUCUGAAGCCAGACAUUGAUUUAUACAAACCAUUUAUAAUGGUUAGCUAUAUUCUCAUUUUCUUAUAAAAUUGUGAAACCUUGACAUACUUUACCUUCAAGUUGGGUAAUGUUGUCAUGGGUGAAGAUUUUUAAGUUCGCUGCAUCAAGGGCUCUCGAAAAAUAACACAAUGUUUUUUUUUUAAUUCAUAAGAGACCAGUGACAGCUUUUUUAAAUGUUGCGCUAAAAUUAAAAAUAUAAAGAUUGUCUUUGAUUAUUUUAAAAAUAGAGCAUUUCAUAUAAACAAAUAUUGCGAAAAUACGUACCACUAGAUUUUAUUAAUACGAGUUACUUUUUUGUUGAAUAGAACAUAUAAACGUCACUGUCCUACAUUCAGUGGCGACAAUUAUAAUCAUUUAAUAAUUACUUAAUUACAUUUUUGUUACGCAAAAAGUAUGAUUACUUCUUUUUUAAUACUAAUUGUGAUAGUUCGUUAGUUCUUGACUACUGGAUAAUAAUUAAAAGAAUCAUGCAAUUUUUUAUUUUCCGUCAAAAUGUAGUCAUGAAUUACCUAGUAACGCAGGUUUAUUUUGUGCUUCCUCUGCGCCUUAUUCUUUUCAAUUGAAUAUAAUGCAAUAGUACUAAAAUUAUAAUCUAAAAUACAAAAGGAUGUGUCAAAAUAUUUAAUAAAAAAAAUUGUAACUGUAAUCCAUAGAUUAUACAGUUAUACUGAUAAUCAUUUCCAGGUACAUAUAUAUGAAAUACCGGAAAAUCACGAGAAUUUAAUAGAAAAAUUAUGUCCGAAAUUAUGACAAAUGUAUUUUAUUCCACUUCCUCAUAAUGACAUGAUGGGACAAUAUAGCUAUCACGAAUUUGUUUUAUUUUCAAAUAUAAUUAUAAGAAACUCCGUGUGAAACAUUUAAAUUUUCUUAGUAUCUAAAUCCAUUAAAAUAGUAAUAAAUGUAGAAAAAUAAUAAAAUGCUCAAUUAUAUUUUAAAUGCUCGGUAUAUUUUAAAAAUAUCAACUUUAAUACAGUUUGAAUUUUGCCAAUUUUUUUAUAAUUCAGUAUAAAUCACAUUUGUUAACAUUUUGGGCAAUCUAGCUCAGCCAAAAAUAUUUGGAUUUUGUUCUAUCUUCUAGGAAACAACAUAAUAUGUGUAUCUUGAUAAAUUAAUAUUAUUAUGACGAUAUACAAUUCGUAAAAAUCAUGACUUAUAUUUUUUUUUUCAUUAUCUAAUAAAUAAAUAAAUAAAAAAUACAACACAUACAACCUAUUUUACCCAUUAAAAGUCUAUAUUUUCUAUUGUUUUUUUAAGAUUUUGUCUUUUUACUUAAUUAUUUUUUUUGAAGUUUUUUUUAUAACGACUUUCGUGUUUCAUUAAAGUUAGUUGUAACAAUCAUUUAACCCAAAUACGAAGAUCUCGUUAUUAUACGUAAUAUGAUUAUUUAGUGAUUAUUUAGUAAUAUUUUUUUAUUAACUGACGCAUGUUGUCGAACAGGAUUCGAACGUUGUAUACUUAAAAGAUACGUUGUUUUUGUACAAAACGAAUGUAAUAUAGGAAAAAAAUGUAUUAAAAGUCAUCGUUUAAGUUGA